CCAAGAUGGCGGACGAUGAGUUUCKAAAACUUUCUCCUUCUUCUCUCUCCAMAUUUACSGAUGAAWGCGUCAGAAUAACAUUAUGUGAUGGAAAGAUUAUUAACGGUUUUGUAUACACUAUUGAUCCAGUGUCGUAUUGUGUUGUACUGGUCGAAAAUAACAACGAUUCAAGCUCUACAACGACGAAUUUGACAUUUGURAUGGGWCACGCGGUGMGACAUAUCGAGAUAAACGAACAAACAACACGUCAAGAAAAAGCGAACUUUAUGGAAAAGUUUGUAAAUAAAAGUAGUAAAAUGUACAGUAAAGAAACUCUGCUUGAGAUGAAAGAUAAACUGAAAAAUUGGAUGAGCAAGAAUAGGAUUCCGGUCAUUGAGGAUGAAGACAACGGAAGCUUGUGUGUAAUGGAUGUAGCUUGGAUUGACCCUCCAUAUGAUUCUGAAUGCUGUCGAUGUACUAACGAAAUAGUACUUAAUAGAGUUAGGAACCUUAUAGAAAAUAUGCCAACAUGAUA